AUGCUAUCUCUUUGUCCUCAUUUCGACAGAUUUCAUGCUGUUUAUGAUGGAAGCCUUGCAAGAAACCGACGUCAAUCAGUCACCUUUCCGGAUGAUCCUCCUCAUCGGCGCUCACUCAGACUCUCCACCUUGGAAGUACCUGGCAGAGAUGACGGAGAUGACAGAGAAUAUUCCCCAGAAUCCAAUGAGUCUGAAGCUGACAUUUCAGAGGCCACAGACGACCUCCACUCAGGAUCAGCGAGGAAACGUCGAAAGCUUGACGUCUUCGAAUCGCCCGUGGAUGUGAUUGAAGCCCCCGAAGGCUUAAAGGACGUGGGUAUCAAAGCGGUGGAUAUCUAUGCAAAGGAAUUAGAGGAGAAUAGGAAGGAUGCUAGACGUCGGGAACAAGCGCUAGAAGCGAAGGAGCAAGCGGUUGCAGAGAAAAUGAAUACGUUGGCUGAGAAGUUGCUGGAUAUCGAAAGGAACCAUUAUAUACUGCUGAAAAAGUGGGCUCGGGAGCAGUACGCAUCAUUUGUGGGACGUGUGGAACUGUUUGAGGCUGAGAAAUCCGAGUUCAAGCAAGAGAAGGCCGAGUUCAAGCAAGAGAAGGCCGAGUUCAAGCAAGAGAAGGCCGAGUUCAAGCAAGAGAAGGCCGAGUUCAAGCAAGAGAAGGGAGAGUUCAAUCGGCUGCAUUUGGAACAUGCGGUGAUAAAGCGCGAGCUCGAACUAGUGAGAGUACAGCUGAAUUCGUAG